GUGUAACUGUAUUUCUUUCCUUCUGGGAGACGGCGACGACGGAAGCUCGAUGACAUUGUGGAUUCCAUUAACCCAGAGGGAUUUGUUUAAUCAACUCCAAUUAUGGAGCAUUUCGUUUCAUGCAAUCCAAUCAAUGGGAGGAUGUUCAAAUGUCCACACGCCAGUUCAUCCUAUCGGCAGCUCGUGAAGACUUUCCGGAUAAAACAAAAUUGUUUGGAGACAGAGGGAUUCACCAAACCCUACUGUUUGUUGCAUCUAUAAAUGCCCCUCGCCCCCCUUAAUUGCCACGACUCUGGUUUCGGGGGGAAAUUGAGAGGAAUCGAUACCAUGGAGAUUUCGAGCUUCAGAAGCUUAUCUGAAUUGGGAAUGGAGGACCCCCUUUUUAUCCAUCAAUGGCCUGUGAAUUCCAUUGAGGAUCUGAAUUCAAAUUUGCACCAGUCAUUCUCUCAGCCACCAAUGCUCGACUUCAAACGAGCUGCAGAAUCAGAAUCACCUCAAGCAGGGAUAAACAGGCCGUUGAAGCAUCAUCGAACUGCCUCUUGGAAUUCAAGCAAAUUUGGGAACAUGUUAAAUUCGCCUGUCUUCGGAAAUGCCCUCUUGCUUGAUAAUCAGGAUGUCUCCAAUUUGGAAGGAAUAGUGAAACCUAAAGAGGAGGUAUGGUCUUCGAUUAAUAUCCCCUCCGAUCCAGCUGUUUCCCAGUCUUGUUUUGGAAACCAAAUGAUGACUUGCGGCGGGGUAGCUAAGAGAAUUGCAACAAACACGAGGCUUGCACAAGCGCAAGACCAUAUCUUAGCAGAGAGAAAAAGGAGAGAGAAGCUCAGCCAAAGGUUCAUAGCAUUGUCUGCUCUUGUCCCCGGUUUGAAAAAGAUGGACAAGGCUUCGGUUCUUGGAGAUGCGAUCAAGUACAUGAAACAACUCCAGGAGAAAGUCAAGAUUCUUGAGAAGCAAACUGAGAAGAGCUCCAUGGAAUCUGUCGUAUUUGUCAGGACACACAGAAUCCAUGUCAAUGGCCAAGAAUGUUCAUCAGAUGACCUGAGCUUCCACAGAGACGAAACCAUCGUCAGCGAGCCACUCCCACAAAUUGAGGCAAGAUGCUGCAACAAGGACAUGCUCAUAACAAUCCACUGCGAGAAACGAAAAGGGGCACUGGAAAAAGCAGUUGCCCAGAUAGAGAAACUCCAUUUGAAUGUCAUCAACAGCUCUGUUAUGACUUUCGGAGAUUCUGCUCUCAACAUAACACUAUUUGUACAGAAGGAUACAGGAUUUGCCACCGGCAUCUUGAAGGAACUGGUGAAGAAUCUACGCAUAGCUCUGGAGUCCGCUUGAGAAAUCCUCAACAAAUACUUAUCAUAUAUAUAUAUAUCUAUAUUCACACGUGUCCUAGUUGAUUACUAUCUUUUUCAAGUUUCUCGUUUGCUGAUUUCCUGGAUACAUUAAUUUCUUCGGUGUGUCUCUCUGCCAUUUGGUCCACUUCAAGACAUCAUCCUCUUCUACCUUAGGGGGCUUGUUUGGCUAUGAUGGGUUCGUUUUGAAGAAGGGUUUUUUUCGUUUUUAUUGGUUCUUGGAAGAACUUGUUUUCAUGGCUGCAUUCAUUUCUGAUUGUGGCCAUGUUUGAUUGGUUGGUCACCCUUCUGGUGUAAACUGAAGUAAUGGGUUUGUUCCUCAUAGCAUAGCAGCUUGCCAAGGUAUGUGUUAUUUCAUUCCUCAUCAAAGGCGUUUCCAUUUGGGGAAUGUUUGUUUGUUUUUUUGUGGAUGGAGCUCAGAGGGAGAGACAUAUUGUGUAUUGUGCUUCAUAUAUUGCUGUGUUUGAGAGGUCUUUUUCAAGAGCCUCUUUUUUCUUUAGAAUGUACGACUGUAAUAAUAAUUAUUAAAGUCUUAUUUGGCACUUUGACUAUCA